GGAGGAGCAGUUAGCUAAUAUGGAUUGAUGUGCUGCAACAAGUAGCAAAAUCCCAAUCUCAUCAUCAACUUUAAUACAAGUCACUUUUCAUCCGGUGAUUUAGUUCCACUCUCAUCUUCGUUAGGUGGAUACCACGCCAGCCUCGACUCAGCAUAAGUCGUGUCGACAAAGAUACUAGGAUUCAGACGAGUCAAAGCUCAAAUAAUAAUAAUAAAUAGCGUGUGCAGUGAAGCACAUUAACGGGAAUAUCGUGCUUCUUUCGUCCUGUUAACUCUUUGUGAUCAACCCUUCCUGUGCUCUCAGCUUUCUUAAAUCUCUCGUAAAGUUUCUCCAAGUUUAAAUAUUUUGUGAACCUAUUAAGCACAAGUUGGUGAGAUAAACAAUAUUAAACCAACUGCUACGAGCGAUACAAAUCAACCCUUUAUUUGCAAAACAAGUACAAACUCGGCUGUGUGCGUUAAGGGAGAAUUCAUUCUUGCCAGUUUAUAAAUUCAUACUCGUGUGACAAUGUUUCAUCCACUUUUCGGAUAUUCUCUUCAAAAAGGUGCCAAAAUUAUUGCAAUUGCAGAUUUGGUUAUCGUAUUUUUGAGCACCACAUUACGAUUCGUCGUAUACGACGUCCAGGAGUUUCAGGAGUAUGAAAUUGAGACGGAGUACAUAACCACAAAUGAGACCGCAGCGGAUUCGCAGUUUAAUGGGACGGAGAUAGCGACGCAUGAUUCAGCCGCAGCAGCCAAUCUGACGGCUCACAUUUUAGAAAUUCUAAAGCAGAGUAAUAAAGCAGUGGAAGAACAACAUGAGCACUAUCUGGCACUCACAAUAGCGACACUGGUUAUCACAGGAGUUAUCUACAUUCUUUACAUGUGCCUAGAAGUUUGGCUAUGCCGCCUCCUUAUGAGAGCGUCGAAUAAUAGAGAUGGGAGUGCUUGCAAAACCUGGUUUUGGGUUCGCCUAUGUGUCACAAUGGUCAUUUUAAUGUUUAGCAUCGUAGGAAUCGCCACUUUGAAGCAUGAUUGGGUGGACUGGGUCCUCGAACCCCUGAAUUUAUACAGAAUCUACGAACUGAUUGUGAUAAAUGAAUUCAAAAGAGAAAUCGCAGCGACGAGUGGCCGAGUUAAGUUGAGAGCAUAAAUUGUUGCAAUUUCGCCAACGCAUUUCCGCUCAUCUCAUCAUCAUCGUCACCAAAUCUCGACUAACUAACGAUUCCUUCCUCUCAUCCACCAACCAACCAAUCUCUGGUUCACAUGCAUAAUCAACAGAAUGCAGUUUCCUUUCAAUGCUGUGAGGUCCACAGUCAGCAACAAAGAUGAAGUCAAAAGUGGAGUGAAAAGUGGAUGAACAGUGACGGCGAUAAUUAUGAUUAUUAUUAUUAUAUGAUUAUACAUAAUUCUGAUUUACUCUCACCAGAUUCUGGUGACAAUUACCAAACACAAAUUUCCCUUCGUAUUAUUGUUAAUCCGUUUUACAAUGGUUGGAUAAGUGUAUAUUUGCAUAUUGCGAGGAAUAAUUUGAAUUGCGAAUAAAGCAAGAACUGAAAUCUAA